GAGCUCGGCGUUCCUUGGGGACCCCCCCUGGCAUUGUGCCUAGGCACUGGGAAGGAGGCAUCGGACCUUGGGAGGGAGGGAUAAGACCUUGGGAAGGAGGCAUCAGACCCUGACACUAAACCCUACUCGAGAAGACCUCAAACUCACGUUACCGCACCUCAGCCAUGAACGGGUACUUGAAUGAGUCCAACUUCAUGAUGGUGGAGGAGGGCUUCACCACCAGAGACCUGCUGGAGAACCUCCUCGUGGAGCCGUGCCAGGCGGGUGCCCAGCAAGCCUUCUUCGUGGCAGACCUGGGGGACAUCGUGAAGAAACACCUGCAGUUCCUGAAGGCCCUACCCCGGGUGAAGCCGUUCUUCCCUGUUAAGUGCAACAGCAGCGAAGGAGUGAUUCGGCUGCUGGCGGAGCUGGGGACAGGCUUUGCCUGUACCAACAAGGCAGAGAUCGCACGGGUUCGGAGCAUCGGAGUCCCCCCUGACAAGAUCUUCUACAGCAGCCCUUGCAAGCAGGUUGCCCACAUCAAGUAUGCAGCGAGCCACGGGGUGCAGCUCAUGGCCUUUGACAACGAGGUGGAGCUGAGCAAGGUGGCCCGGAGCCAUCCUCAGGCUCGGAUGUUGUUGGGUAUCGCUGCUGAUUCCAGCCCUUCUGCCCAUCCGAGUAUGGCAUUUGGGACCACGCUCAAGUCCUGCAGGCACCUGCUGGAGAUGGCGAAGGAGCAGGCUGUGGAGGUGGUUGGCAUCAGCUUCCACCUCGGGAGCCAUGGCCUGGAGCCUCAGGCCUUUGCUCAGGCUGUGGCUGCAGCACAACUGGCCUUUGACAUGGGCACGGAGCUGGGCUUCCAGAUGCACCUCCUGGACAUCGGAGGCGGAUUCCCUGGCACUGAGGACACCAGGGCCCGGUUCAAAGAGAUGGCUGCUGUGAUAAACUCUGCCCUGGACUCGUACUUCCCGGACGGCCGCGGAGUGGAGAUCAUGGCCCAGCCAGGGCGAUUCUACGUCACCUCUGCCUUCACCCUGGCUGCCACCAUCACUGACAGGGAGGAGGCCCCCAUGGAGCAUCCCGGCUCUGACAGUGGCUGGGAUGGGACCAGCCCCGCCGAGUGCCCGAGCCCUCCUGAGCCCUCUCCCUGCUCCUCUCCAGAGGACUCUGCCAACAAGAAGAGCCUCGUCUAUCACCUCAGCGACGGCAUCUACGGCGCCUUCAGCUGCCUCCUGUUUGACAGCCCCUGCCCCACACCUCAGCUGCCCAAGAGACCCUGCCCUGACCACCCCUCGCACAGCAGCAGCCUCCACGGCCCCCUUGGCCAUGCAGACGACCGCCUGGCCGAUGGCCUGGCCCUGCCCCAGCUGCAGGUCGGGGACUGGCUCGUUUUUGAGGACAUGGGUGCCUACAGCAUCAGCACGGCCCCCCCGGGGCGGCCCCAGCCCCACAUCACCUACGCCAUGUCCCGCAUGGCCUGGAAAACCGUCCAGCUCUUCCUUGGGAAGCCACCACAACCCGGAGACGACCACGAGAGCAUCUGCACCCCGCUGUCCUGCGGCUGGGAGAUGGCAGAGUCCCUCUGUGUCACCCCGGUCUUUGCUCCAGCCGGGAUCAUCUGAGCCCCGGGAGCACGGGACGCAUCCUGCCCGCCGCCGGCAUCGCCCCGUGGUGAGGUCUUUGAAGCCUGUGCCAUAAAGCCUGUUUCUCCUGCC